GAAAUUCUCGCGAAAGAAUCUAGAGCUUGUGGAUUAAAUUUUUCUUGGAUGGAGGUCUGGUAAAUGUGAGUGGAAAGGGACUUAACUGAUCCUCAAAGCAUGAGUUGAGCAAAGACCGAGGUCUUCUCUCAACACCGUUGCAAAUUGGUUUAGCCAAUCACCUCGCCCUCUCGAACCCUCACUCAGCAUCAAAUUCGGCUCUGCCUCACACCCACAGGAAUGCCCACAUCUUCCCAAAAUAAAUAUCCCCAUAACAGUAAGAGGACCAGCUUAAAGCUCCAAACAUGAAACUCAACGAACACAAAGCCAUCCUCAAUCCUAAAGUCUUGCUGGUGCCUUAUUCAAAGCACCAUGUGCCAACCUACCACUCCUGGAUGCAAGAUGAAGACCUCCAAAUAGCAACAGCCUCCGAGCCUCUCACUCUCCUGCAAGAAUACGACAUGCAAACAAGCUGGCGCGACGACGCCGAUAAACUUACUUUCAUCGCAUGUGCAAAUUCUGCAGUUUCUUCAUCCGAGGAGUUACAGGAUGGAAGAUUAAAGAUUAUUCCUGGCAAAGAUGACUCUCCAACUACUAUGAUCGGCGAUGUCAACUUGUUUCUAUAUGGGGAUCAUGAGGACGAGGACGAGAACAAGACGACGAAUGGUGUUAACAUGGAGAAAGGCCAGCAAGCUGUAGUUGGAGAGAUAGAGAUCAUGAUUGCUCGGAAAGAUCUCCAAGGACAGGGUCUAGGAAAGAGCGUUUUGUCGAGUUUCCUAUGGUACAUCGCAUCGUACCUUCCCGAGAUUCUGCACGAAUACCACGGUAGUCAUGGUGGAGCAAAGUCAGGGGGUCAUCUCAAGUACCUACGAGUCAAGAUCGAUGAGGGAAAUGUGAGGAGCAUCAAACUCUUUGAGAGUGUGGGGUUCAGGAAAGUUUCCGAAAGCCCAAACUAUUUCAAGGAGCUGGAACUGAGAUGGGUCUUGUCAGACAUACGGCAGAUGUAUGACACAACGACAAGGAUAGUAGACUAUGCAUGA